AUGAUAUCCUUGUGCUCCCGUAAAUUUAUGAUCUCCUUGCUGCAAUUAAUGGUCCAAUGGCGCCUAUUAAACAUUGACGUCUUGGUGUCCGUUUGCGCAAUGCUGUCCUAUGAAAUUCUGAAGCGUUUCUUGAUUUCCCUGUGCCUGCACCAAAGAGAAAUAGGUAGAGGGACAUGUACAUUUUAUCAUGACUUCCAGCCCCGGAACUGUCUCAUCAGCAUUAAUACGAUAUUGCGAUACAAAUUACCAUUGGGAAGGCUUCGACUAUUGAUGGACAGGAACUUCCAAAAGGUCUUCAAACAUCUUGAUUGCAGAUUCUUUGUCUGUCAAUUUGAAACGUCUCACGAAAUUGGGGAAGCACACAUGUUCUUGAUGUGGAGUCUUGGUAGUCACCCAUUUAUAUGGACUUUUGGUACUGUCAUCUCCUAUGAUAUCAUACAAGGAAAGGGUAAGGAAAUCCAAUUAGAGAUUAUACUAUUACUAAUCAAAUUCAAAAGUCGAAAAUGUCGCCAAUCAAACAGAUCGAUCACAAGGCGCCACUGUCGGCGUUACCAUGCAAAGCUCUCUGGUGACCACCAAUAUCAUAGCUACCCCCGCUCAGUUGAGCCGGAAGUAUAUCAACCGGAGCUAAGGAAGCGAAGCUACGUGCGAUAUAGUGUUUCAAAGCGCGAUCAAGUGAAUCAAUUACAUGCCUUAGUCUGGCCUGGGGUCUACAGUCACCUGAACAGAAAUGAAUUAUGA